GGGUCUUCAGUGGGUUAAGUCUCGUUUGAUCAAAGAAGUAACAAUUUUGAGCGUCGGUCUGUCUUGUUGAAAAUCUGCAAAAUAAAUGUAAAAAAUAUGGGUACUAACAUAGAGCUGCAAUACAAGCUAUUAAAUGCCGAACUCAUGGCCCAUGUACAGAAGCUGCGGGUGGAGGUGGGGGAGUACAGAAAGCUGGUCGUCAACCUGCAAUUGGAGCUGUUGGAGGAGCGAGAGUCCCGCAUCCUGGAAAUGGACCACAAAAAGCGGCAGCUGAAGUACGCCAUCAGUGGCAUGAUAAAGGACUGGGACCUGGGCGAGGAUAUCUCUGUAGGCUCUGCACAGACGCCGCAGGAAGAAUAUAAAUCGCCUCCAGCCAGUCGACGGUCCAACGCCAAGGAAAUUUGUAAUGAAAUGCGUCGUCUCAGCGACAUGACCCGAUCUUCAAGGACUUGCAGUAGUCCUACUGGGACUUCUCCCAGUAGUCGCAGCAGCAGGACCCUCCGGGGCAGUAGUAGGAGUAGCAGCGGUAUCGUAACAACCACAGAUGUAAAUGCAACCACAGUCCCAGAGGAGACAGAAAGACUGAACAUCGAUUGCCCAGCCACGCCACGGCCAAGACGCAUUGCUGAAAUGACCUCGGCCCUGGACGACACUGACGAGGACUCUCCCACCAUUGCAGAUGUAGUGGACUCUCCCACAUGUGUGGAUGACGAAAAGCUGGCUCAAAAUGACCAGGCUGCCAGCCUCUUCUCCAUCUUAGAGGAAUCAGACACCGCGGACGCCUCGGAUAACUCCUCCACCAGCUCUACGUCAGUGGAGAUCCUCGACACAACUGAGACUCCAACACGCAUUUCAGCUGGGCGGGGACGAGUCCUUCGCGAGCUCUGUGGAAAUGUGGCCAAAGAGACGCCCUUUUCAACCUGUGGAAACCCAGGAAAGGCUGCCUUAACCAUUUCCUGCCCAGAGGAGGACAGCAGUCAGGAGCUGAGCGUGCAGCUGCUGCGUCAGCACCUUUCGCCCAUGCCCAUGAAUAUUUCCAUUGCCUCGCCACGCCAAAGCAUGUUCAAUGGCAUUUGCUGUGAAUCCGGCAGCACCAGCACACCGCAUUCCUUCCCGGUUGUGCAGGAAAGGGGUGGGGGCAGGACACGAACCCGCUUGGACAUACCUCAAGAGACGGUCAAUGUGGACAGGCUCAGGAAAAGACUCCAAAGCACCAAGGUAUCGCUCAGUCCGAGCCAAAACAGUGUCGAAGAAGAUCAGUGCAGCACCAGCACACCGCAUUUCUCCCCGGUCGACCAGAGAGGUGGCAGGGGUAGGCCACGAACCCACUUUGACAUACCUCAGGAUUCGGUCAAUGUGAACAGGCUCAGGAAAAGACUCGAAAGCACCAACGACUCGCUCAGUCCGAGCCAAGACAGUAUCGAAGAAGAUCAGUGCAUUGCUAGUUGCAGCACCAAAGGGCGCCCGAGUCGCAAGUGUCGUCCCACCUCGUUGAAGGAGCCAAAAUUAAAUACAAAAAUGCGCAACGAGUCCCUGUCUAAGUCGAAGUCAUAGAUUUAUUCUUUCUUCUUUUUAAAUGUUUGUUCGUAGGGUAUAUUUUUGUAAUAAAUUAUAUUGUUCAGAAAGUA